GUUUGCCCAAGUCGGUCCUGGCUGCGUCUCGCCCGAUCGAUCGAUCUAUCGACUGCUGCUGCUGCUGCUGCCGCACACCCCGCUGGCGUCCGAGACUGCGACCAGCAUCAGCCAUUUAGCCGGCAUCUGCUGAGCGCCCAGUCACAUCGGCUCGCUCCUCGUCACCAACACAACUCUCCAACACAACUCUCCAGCACACAUCACACAUCCCCGUCAACGUCUCCAAGACAUGUUCGCCCUAUAUCGCCGCUCGAUCGGACGACUUCCGACCGCGGCUCUGCUCCGCUCGCCGUACACCGUCGCCUGCCAGUUCUCGUCGGCAGCUGUCUCACGAUCGUCACUGGCCGAGGCUUCGCCAUCACAACCUCUGCUGUCGGGCGACUUGUCAUGGAUCUCGAGAUUCUACGGCUCGCUGGACUCGCAGAACUUCCGCCAGGCGUGGGCAAACUACUCGGUGCUGUCGUCCAAGGGAUUGGGUUCGCUCCUGUCCGUGAACGAGUUCAACCAGAUCAUGGAGCUCCUCUACAGCAAAACCAUCGGCCGACCCAGCACGCGCCAUGUUCUGAUCCGCCGUGUCUACGAGGACCUGACUCGUACACACCGCCCCAACCUCGAAAGCUACAAGCACAUUCUUUUUGUGUGCUCGGUCGAGGGAAACGUUGCCGAGGCCGAAGCCGUUCUCUCGGAGAUGAAGCGGGCCAAGAUGCCGUAUGAGAAGGACGAACUCAUCAUGACCUUCCUGGCAACGACCUACGCUCGCGCGGGAGACGCCGAGAAGACCAAUGAGUAUCUCAAGGCCCUGCGAAAGCGCUCGCUGUCCAUCUUCCACCACAACCGCAUCAUGGGCGCGCUGGCCAAGUCGGGAAACCGCCAGGCCGCAACCGAGUUCUACAACCGCAUGUGCAAUCGCCGCCCCUAUGCCGACCGUGUGACCAUCCAGCCGCUGAUGACUCUUGCCGAGAGCGAGAGCGAUUACGACGCUGUCGUCGAGCUGUUCGAGCGCAUGCGCCAGACCCUGGUGCCAUCCGAGGGUGCCUAUGCCUCGGUUCUGAAGGCCCACAUUGAGCGCGGCGACCUCAACAGCGCUGUCGAGACCCUCACCCGGAUGGAGGAGCAGAACUUCAACAAGAGCAGUCGCAUCUUUGCACUGCAGCUCCAGGUAGCCCAGAGGCUCAACGAGGCCGACCUGUUCUGGAGCACCUACGCCAAGAUUGUCGAGAAGGGUGUCAGUUUCUCAGACUCGAUCUGUGGUCUUGUCGCGAGCCAGUGCGGCCCUGUGGCCCAGCCCGAGGAAUUCUAUGCCAAGAUCGAGACGAUUGCUUCGAGCGUCGAUCUUCCUGUCUCGGCCGAGCUGCUGGGCCACCUCGCCCGCGGCUACGUCGUCAACGGUGACGAGUCCUCGCUCCAGGCUGUGUUGGAGCUCAUCAAGACCAAACUGCCGGAUGAGGCGGCCUCGUCGCAGAUGCUGGAGGUGUACAACUCCUUGAUCGCGACGUACUGCGACCAGGGCAAGGGUGACUCGGCUAUCCAGCUGUUCGACCGCAUCCUGGCCUCGGGUCUCUCGCCCAAUGCCGCCAGCUACAACACCGUCCUGCAGCAUUUUGCCACUCACGGCAAGGGCACCGAGGCCGAGGUCUGGAUCGACACGAUGAAGGGAGCAGGCGCCGCGGUCGACGAGAUUGCCCAGGAGGUGGUGAUCGAGUCGCUCGGCUUUGGCCACCCUGCGACAUCAAAACUGCUAGAGUACUCGACCGGGAGUGCCUGACGCCCAGCGGCCUACCAGCACUUUGACUGAAUAUACAUGCAUGCCUGUCUGUAC